AUGUCAGCAAACGUGGCGGCAACUGGAAUACAAUCUAUGGCGAGUUGCUCCAACCUCUCAGUAGAAAGAAUUAGUUACACUUCUGCUUACUGUCUGGUAUUUGCUGUUUCGCUGACUGGAAACGCCUUGAUUGGAAUUGUUGUGUACAAAACCCGAGGUCUGAGAAAUCCCGUCAACUAUUUUAUUGCAAACAUGGCCAUAUCUGAUCUGCUGUUUCCUAUUUUCCUGAUCCCUCAGGUUUUAGUUCAGUUGAAUACUAAUACCUGGCUGAUCGAUGGUCCUCUUGGCCAAGCAUUAUGUAAGCUGUCUGGUUAUUUAGUUGAUGUGUCAAGUGCUGUGUCCAUUCAGAGUCUCGUUACAAUAGCAGUAGAUCGAUUUGGAGCUGUGGUAUUUCCCCUUAGUUCCCCACUGAUUAGUUCAAAGCGCUGUCGGUUCUUCAUUCUCGCCACUCGGAUCAUCGCUAUGGUUGUCUUCUGCCCAUCCCUGUUUACUUGGAAAGUUGUGGAGCAUCCAGAGGGGCUGGCGUGUGUGAGGCGGUGGAAAGCGGCAGUUGGAGAGUCUUCACUUAAAAAAACCUUUUCUGCCGCGAUGACUAUUAUAUAUCUGUAUUUUCCUUUGGUUUUUAUUGGCAUUCUGUACCUUAUUAUUGCUUUAAAAAUAAAAACCAAAAGGAUUAUAGGCUUGCAAUCGGUCAACGUUAGAGAACAACGUUAA